AUGCAUUUCGUUAAAAAGCAACCAACGACUGAAGAGGAGAAAGCAGUAAAGGCAAAGGAGAGAGCUGUCAAAUUGAAAGCUUUCAUCACUCUUCGGGAUCGAAUUUUUGAAAAUCGAGAAGCCGAUAAAAAGGAUGAGGAACAACUCCAGCAAAUUGCGACCGUUUUGGCGAAAAAUCCAGACAUCUAUACCUUUUGGAAUAUACGGCGAGAAGUUUUGAUAUACUUGGAGGCGAAAAUUAAUAAGGAAUGUCCUGAACAAUCCGUCGAUAAAAUAAGUCGACUAUUGGACGACGAACUGGGUCUAACUCGAUUGUGUCUAGAGAGCAAUCCCAAGUCUUAUUCUGCUUGGCAUCACCGCGGAUGGGCUUUGGCGCGACAUCCGAAACCAAAUUUCGAAGCCGAUUUGAAAUUAUGCGAGAAAGCGCUGCAAAUGGAUUGCCGAAAUUUCCAUUGUUGGGAUCACAGGCGUUAUGUGGCUUCGCUGGUUAAAUUAUCGAUGGACGAAGAGCUUGAAUUCUCGAACCGGAUGAUUUCUCAAAAUUUCUCCAACUUUUCCGCCUGGCAUUACCGUGGAACGUUAUUCUUGAGAAAAGCCGCAAUGCUUGGGAAAGCAAACGAACUUGGAGUGGAGCUAGUGAAAAAUGAACUAAAGAAAGUAACCAAUGCUUUCUACACGGAUCCAGCUGAUCAAAGCGCUUGGAUUUACGGCCAAUUUUUGGCGGCGCACAUCGAACCGAGCAGUCAACGAAAUACUGAAGAAAUUUUAUCAAUGUCAUUUAAAAAUGGUGUGGCUACGAUUGUUUUCAAUCGAGCCCAAACAUUGGAGGCAAUGAAGAGCCGGGUUUUUGCGGAUGAAAAUGCAACCUGGGAACCGAUCUCAACCAUCAACAGUCGCUGUACUUCAGCAAAAAUUUGGCGUAUCAAGACUUCGAGUUUUCGACUAAACAAACCAAUUACUGAAACGAAUCUGAUACCUAACUCUUUUGUCAACAGAGCCUCCGUUGAAGACUACUUCUACAUGAGAGAACCGACUGAAAUUGAUACGUUGAAUGAGUCGAUUGAACACAUUCAGGAGUUAUUAAAAGAAGAAAAAGAAUCAGUGUGGGGACUCUUGACAUUGACUUUUUAUCUUCUGAGAACGAAACCGGUGAAAUGUCGAGAUUUGAUCCUCAAGAAUUUGGAUGCCCUCUGUCAUUUAGACCAAAAUCGGAAAAAUGCCUAUUUGGCCAUAAUGAAUCGCAUUCUCAUCUCAGCAAAGUUAGAAGAAAUCGAUGAAGGGAAAUCUCGAUUCGAUAAUCUCAUCGAAACGGGUUCUUUUUCGAUUAGAGAUGCCAAGAUAAUAAGUAUCGAAUGUUUGUGGCCGUUAGCGGGAGUGCUGACUGAUCUGGAUGUCUCUUCGAACAAAUUAAAAACAUUGGAAUCGUUCAGUUUAUUCCCGUUGCUUACACACAUCACUGCGACCGGCAAUCCAAUCUUGAGCAUUUCGAACCGUCUAAAUUUGCCAUCAAUCGAAUUUCUUUCCGUGGCACAAACUCCAUUGUACGACCUGGAAUCUGUUAAGCGAUUUCUCGGAAAAAUUGUCAAGACUAAAAAGAAAUUGCGACUACUUUUUGCCGAAACUCCACUGUCAGACCAAUCAAAGGAGUUAUUUGAAGUUGUGAAGGAUGAAGAAAAUAUUCGCCUUAUUCCCUAUUGGCUG